AUGCUGUGCCGUGUGGUGUCUUCUCCAUCGCCAUGGGAGUGCCUGUUCCCUUCUUCCUGGGUUGAGAAGGAAGCGGUGCUUUGCCGAAAUUCCCCUUUUGGGACAGAGCUCCGGCUACUCUCUCGACACCUGCCCGACACCUGCCAUAGGACCGGCUGGCUCCAGUCCUAUGGGCAGAACCUCGUCUACAUCAUCUGGUGGACAGUGGUGGGAUGUGCCAUACUUGACUCGGGCCUCAACGAUAUGCAACUCCAACUGGACAGGGCCAAGUUCCUGCUGUCACAAGCGCUGGACGAGGAUGAGGCUGACAACUACCAGGAGGCCCUGGAGCUCUACACACUGACAGUUGAGCUCUGCCUGCAGGUGAGAGCUGCUACAGAUGACAAGGCCCUUCACGAAAAGCUCACCAGCAUUGCAUCUCAAGGACUUGAAAGGGCGGAGAGCAUAAAGGCCAAGUUGGCCAGCAGAUGUGGCAUUGGCAGUACGAUCAUUCGACCUGCGCCGUCAGCGCCUAUGCUCGAAGGGGCCAGACCCAUUGGUGGCAGCAAGGCCUCCGAUCACCUCACUGACCACCAGGUUCAGCUCGGAGAUGCCGGGAACAAGCUACUCAUCAGCGACAGCGAAGGUUAUACUCUUGAUGAGAUUGGGGUCCUAAGGAAGACAUCAGUGAUCAACGGGCGGGAGUACGUCUCUUUUCUGGAGACGGAGCGGGACCGCUUUGCCUUCAAGCUGCCAUUCUGCGAUCCCGAGGGCAGGCUGUCUCUGUCGCCCAAGCAGCGGGCCUCCUUCAGCUACUGGGCACGACUCGAGGAGUUGUCGUCCGAUCCUAAGAUCAUCGAAGUGGUUGACUGCUUCAGCAUUCGCCAGACUGUUGUUUCAGACUGCUCAUUUGCGGCAUCCUUGGCUGUGAGUGGUCUCUAUGAAAAGCGGUUCAAGAAAAAAAUAAUUAAAAGCAUAAUCUUUCCCCAGAACAGGCAGGGACAGCCUGUAUACAAUCCUUGUGGCAAAUACACUGUCAAGCGUAACAUAAAUGACGUGCCAAGAAAGGUUGUCAUCGAUGAUUACUUACCAAUGGGCAAGAGCUCGGAGAUGCUGUGCUCGUACUCGAACAACAAGAAUGAGUUUUGGGUGUCACUGCUGGAGAAGGCCUACAUGAAGGUCAUGGGUGGCUAUGACUUCCCUGGCUCAAACUCUAAUAUCGACCUACAUGCACUCACUGGCUGGAUCCCCGAACGCGCCAGUCUUUAUAGAAGUGCAGACACACCCUUCGACGCGGAGGCAUUAUUCAACAAACUGCUCAACCGACACCAACGUGGUGAUGUGCUGGUCAUCCUUGCCACAGGGGAGCUGAGUGAGGCCGAGGCAGAACGGUCAGGCUUGGUACCUUCACAUGCCUAUGCAAUGCUCGAUGUACGCCAAGUGCAGGGUCGUCGUUUGUUCCUGCUCAAAAACCCCUGGAGUCACCUUCGCUGGAAGGGCCGCUUCUCUGAGCGUGACACCACCAGCUGGACACCAGCACUAGCCCAGGCUUUGCGAUACGACCAACACAACGCUGCUAUGUUUGAUAACGGAGUAUUCUGGAUCGAUUAUGACUCUGUGUGCCACUUCUUUGACGUCGCCUACCUCAACUGCAACCCGGGCUUGUUCCAGUACACCUACUGCACUCACAGGUCAUGGAAUGCUGGAAGUAGCCCGGUCAAGGAUUUGUACAACAUUGGUGAGAAUC